GCAGUUCACUGUCAGCACCACCUUCGAUCCCUUUCUUCCUCGCUUCCCCGGCGUCGCCGCCGAAGCUCCGCCUGCCGGACAGAAUUUCUUCCCCGUGGAACUAUCACCGUUUUCCGCGUUUCGAAACAAUCUCCACCACUUCUCCUUGCUUUCGUUUUGUUUAAGGUUGCUGGGGGAAAAUGAAGCAAGUCUUAGGAAUGGUGGUUUCCAAUAAGAUGCAGAAAUCAGUGGUGGUGGCAGUGGAUAGACUAUGCUACCACAAUGUGUACAACCGUUAUGUCAAGCGCACCUCUAAAUUUAUGGCUCACGAUGAGCAGAAUCUCUGUAACAUUGGUGACCGAGUUCGGCUAGAUCCUUCUCGGCCUUUGAGCAAGCAUAAAUGUUGGGUUGUUGCUGAAAUUCUCAAGAAAGCACGGAUAUAUGUUCCACCCUCUGCCUCGGUGGCUGAUAACGUGAGCUCAGGCUCUGAAGCACCUGCUUCAUAAAUUGGCUUAAGCCAUGUUGGUCAAUUUCCUAAUCCUUCAAGAGCAAUGUCAUGUUGGCAUACAAAGGAUGUCAAUGGCAGGCUUCAUUGUUGAGGAAAUAGAUGCACGAAAGGCUGCUUGGAGUUUGUAGGAAGCUUUGUUUACUCUAACACUAAAAUGUUUUGAAAUGUUUCCUGAUGAAAAAUUCUCACGUAUUUUUCCACAAUGUAAUAAAUUGAGUAAUUCGGACUGAACUCUGAAGCAUGAUCUCAUAAAGAAAUAUUGAAAUAUCAUGAUUUGGUUUAGGAUUAUAGUUCUUUUGACUGCACCACUGGUAAUUACAGAAUUAUAGUCGGCCUUUUGGUACUAAAUCCAAAUUGAUACAUUUUCUUGGUCGAAAUUAAUGAUCUUUAUGCCAACCUUCUAGAAAUUGAG